AGCAGGCUCUCUGUAUGGCGUCUUUCCGUGUUCUCUUGCUACCCGUCUCCUUCCUUCCCUCUGCAGAACGUCGUCGCGCUGUGUCGUCGAGAGAGAAGAACAACGUCCGUCACAACUAUCAGGUAGAUGAAUUGGCUACGACGGCAAGGAUCCUUUAGGCCCAACGCCCUCGCCUGAUGUUGAUCGAAUUUGGGCUCUCAACACUCGACAAGAUGGCAAGUUUUCAGGGAUUUAGUCAUCUGGACAACGACUGGCAGAAGAACACGACUUGGGAGAAUGGGGGUUAUCAAGCGGCUUUCACGAGCAAUUCGACUUUCGGUGUAAUCAAUCAGUUCAAGUUCCUUGCGGCGAGAUCGAUACGAACCUCUACUAUCAUCCUCUCCGCCUUCAACACCGUAGCAGCCUUCGCCGUCGCCGCCGGCAUCUAUUAUGACUGCUACACGAGAGCCAGGCGAGCAAGUUUGGAAGGCAAGGGAAAAUUCAACGCCCUCAGAUGUGUCCAGGGACCCUCUACGUACCCGUUCAUACUAUCCCUAGGCAUCACGGUCCAAGGCAUCGUAUUUGCCGUCUCACAGGCACGCGGUCUAGAUGGCCUGUUUGCAGCAGAAUGCUCGCGGACGUCCCAGAUUAUGUGGCCAGCGAUUUUCAUUGUCCCUUAUAUCCAACUAGUUUUGGGAUUAGAAGUCACCAUCCGAGCCAUAAAACGGAGCCCGUUUCCGCCUAGAGGCCAGUGGAACAUCGCAAUAUGCCUCGGGAUUUUCGCGAUCCUCUUGAUAGGCACCAGCUCAGUCGGCUUUAUUAUUCGACCCCCGAACUUCUGCUUUGCUUCGCUUUUCUGGUUUGUGGCAAAAUGGGCCAAAGGAGGUUUUGUGGUUCUAGUUAUAAUUACUGUCAUCCUCGCAGUAUGCGGAGGCAUCGUCUUCAGAAAACUAUCGCGUUACUCAAUGAUCGAGGAGUCCGAACGAGCCAACGCCUCUAGGAUGGUAUAUUACAUGGUGUUGGCAGUUAUAACAAAUGGCCUGAUCGCACCAUUCUUCAUCCACGUAACGUUCUCGGAUCCGAUGGACGACGAUGGAGGUGUCGGUUCAACACUAUCUAUGAUCGCAACCGUCGUGGCUAAUGUCACAGGAUUAACGACGGGUGGCCUUCACUUAUUCCUUCGGGCUAGCACCAUUGCUAUAAUCCGCCCCAAAACCAAGCUCGCAGAGUUUGAGCGCCAGAAGCUAAAACAGCAGGUUCAAGUAAGGGGGACGACGAUGGAUUUCAAUGGUCAUAUGCUUCGGCCCGUAUCGGGGCCACAAUAUCUAACAAAGACCGAGAGCCAGGAGAGCCUUAUGAAUGAGAAGAGCGACACGGUGGAACGCGGAGAUGGCAAAUUCCAGUUCGGUCUGAGCAGCCCGAAUCCCCUGCGCUCUAACGCGGUACUCGAUGCCGCCGCCCAGCUUCCGCGGGCUCCAGAGCCUGCCCAGCUCUACUCGGUUACUCCGGCAAAUGCACACAGCCGAAAACGGUCCGCAUCCUACAAUAUCUUCCCCAGCAACAACCCGGGCAAUACAGCCUCGGUUGCGUUAUUACAACCCACCGCCUACACCCCCAACCCCCAACCAAACAUUGCCUCAUCGCAGAACACAUUCGACGACUCUGAAAACACCCUCAAACCACCUCCUACCAUCCGCGAGUCUUGGUACAGCAACCAUCGACGGAAAUCCUCGGUGGGUUCGUCCGCGACAGUUCGUAUCGGUCUGCGCCUUUCAAACGUAGCGGACUUAGGACCAAUGGCGUGCAAGACGUCGACAGAUAUUGAAAGGGUAUACACUCUUGAUUGCCCCGAGGACGAGGUGAUAUCGAAUGGGUUUCGGCCUAGCCAUCUCAGAAUUCCCAGCGCUGCGACGACCGUCGUCCCGUUACCAAGUCCCACGCUCUCGAGGGACACGAGAAUGAAGCACCUUCCGCCGAUACCCGCCAGGCUCGAAAAGGAGAAUGACUGCACUCUAAGCCCGACAGUUUACGAUCCAAACGUCUCCAAGAAGUCCAAGACGGCGAGCCCGAGGGGAGUCGGGUUCGGCCCCCCGCCGAGAGCCAACACAACGCCAGUCCAGGACUUACCAUUGCCGGUACCUUCUCGGACGCCAUCCCGGGGCCGCGGUAGCACUACCGGUGGCGCAGACAACAGACCUGACUGGAUAUGAGAUCCGCUAGAUCGGCAAGCCACGCGGCCUACGCCUACCUGGGAGAUCAUUGGCCAGUAGAACCAUCAAUAUGUACCAUUAUAACUCGUCGUUUCUCCUCCGAGAAGCACCGUCCCCUCGUUAGCU